CUUCUGCGCUGCCAUUAAUGGAGCUGAACAGUUCUUCCUGCAAUGCUGAAGAAAUUUCUACAAAAAGAUGCCGAACCUGUUUGCAUUUCCAACUAAGAUGGAUGAUCUUUAUCUUCUUGUUUGCUUUCCUGUUUUCUUCUGCAGCGGCUUAUGAUCCAUUGGACCCUACCGGUAAUAUUACAAUCAAGUGGGAUGUAAUCUCAUGGACUGCUGAUGGCUAUGUGGCUGUGGUGACGAUGAACAAUUUCCAAAUGUAUCGGCACAUAAUGAGCCCAGGCUGGACCUUAGGAUGGUCAUGGGCAAAGAAAGAGGUCAUAUGGUCUAUGGUUGGUGCUCAAACAACAGAACAAGGAGAUUGCUCCAAGUUCAAAGGAAACAUUCCUCACUGCUGUAAAAAGACUCCUACAGUGGUUGAUUUGCUCCCUGGAGUGCCAUAUAACCAGCAGAUUGCAAACUGCUGCAAGGGAGGGGUUAUUGCAGCAUGGGGUCAGGAUCCAUCAGCAUCAGUUGGAGCCUUCCAAGUCAGUGUUGGACUUGCUGGCACGACAAACAAGACGGUGAAGCUACCGACGAACUUUACAUUGUUGGGACCUGGCCCGGGAUACACUUGCGGCCCUGCAAAGGUCGUGCCAUCCACCACUUUCCUUACUCCUGACCUCCGACGAAAAACCCAAGCACUCAUGACCUGGAAUGUAACUUGCACCUACUCACAAUUCCUAGCAUCUAAGAACCCAAGCUGCUGUGUUUCACUAUCAUCCUUCUACAACGAUACAAUCACUCCUUGCCCGAAGUGUGCAUGUGGCUGCAAGAACAAAAACUGCAUCAAAAGCGACUCGAAGCUUCUAAGUGUGGCAGGAGUCAAUACUCCAAGGAAGGACAAUACGCCAUUGCUCCAGUGCACAACUCAUAUGUGCCCAAUCCGUGUGCACUGGCAUGUGAAACUCAAUUAUAAGGAUUAUUGGCGUGUGAAGAUUGCUAUCACAAACUUCAACUAUCGCCUAAAUUACACACAGUGGACACUUGUUGCGCAGCACCCCAAUCUCAACAAUGUCACCGAGGUGUUCAGCUUUGAUUACAAGCCUUUAGUACCCUACCAAUCCAUAAAUGACACGGGUAUGUUCUAUGGCAUGAAGUACUUCAAUGACCUGCUAAUGGAAGCAGGACCUGCUGGGAAUGUGCAGUCAGAGGUACUCCUCGAGAAGAAUCAAGACACUUUCACCCUCAAGAAAGGUUGGGCGUUCCCUAGAAAGGUGUACUUUAAUGGUGAUGAAUGCAUGCUACCCUCUCCAGACACAUAUCCUCAUUUGCCUAACUCUGCUCCUGUAAGCAGUACAGUCAUUACAUCUAUUAUAACUGCUUCAGUUAUCUACUUGAUUAUCAUGGUAAUCACCUAAAAUGUUCAGGUUUAGAAUGUUGAUGAAAUUUUUCGACAGUGUAGAUAAAUUGAAUUUGUUGGUAUUUAAUAGUUUAUGCCUGAAAAGGAAGGUGAGAAUGAAAGGAAAUCUGGGCAGUAUAUAUUUUGUAUUUUCUUCCAUACAACGGGUUGUACGUUUUUCAUUUCUUUUUUAAUAGAAAAAGGAAUUGUCUGAGCUCAAAUUUUA